UUUUCCUGGUCCAGUUCCGCUGCUGGCUCCAGUCUCCAGUCUCCAGAAGGGAUCCCUACUGCCAGCCCCCGUUCUGGACAACACACUCUCUCCAACACUUCCCCCCCACUUCGGUCCUGUCGGGAUAUAUUCUCCUGGCCAACCUUCCUUCUGAACUGGUUGGGGUUCUCCAGCCUUUUACCUUCCCGCUUGUUCUUGACUUGUCAGUGCAUUGUUCAUCCUUUGUUGCUUUCUCUCCCGUCCUCGCAACCGUGGUAGCUGCUUACCAUCACUCGUACCUGCCGUGGUCAUCUUCAACUCGGUCACCCUUGUCUGCUCCUGGGCUUGACAGGAUCCUAGGACCCGUUGUUCCAGGUGCCAGUCUGUGCUUUGGAGCGGCUUUGCUCACUUACUUUCGGUCUUGUGCUUCCGGUCUGCUCUGGCAUCGCGGUUGGAGCUUUAAAAUACCAUCCAUUCUCCUGCCCUUCCUUCGCCACAACCAUCCUCUACUACCUCUCAAUAGCUACUUCUCUUUCUCUCCUUCUUCCCUCCUAAAUAUAAAUUCCGAUCUUCCCGGCAAUCGGUUCUGCUCUGCCUUCUGGUUAGUCUAAACCAGGUUUCACCCUCAACAUGGCGGAUCAGGCCUCUUUCGGCCGGCCGGUUGUUCCUGGCGAGACUGUGGUGUCCAACGAAGCGGUUAUGCCUGGCCCCGUCAGCGCGGCUCCUUCUCAGUUCACCAUCGCUAAUUCCUACAUGACGACCGACAUUCUUUCCAUGUCUUACCAAGGCGGGGAAGAACAGACUCUCUUUGCUUUUAGCCCUGUGUCUCCUUCACUGCAGGGCUGGUCGGCGAAGAAUGACCCGCAGGUUUUCACCAAUCCGGGUCUAGAGCGAGGCUUGAAGAACUCGCAUGUGCGCAACGGUCAGCCCACGCCCCCGCCAUUCGACGACAAGAGUGUCAAUGGGGUCGAGGAAGUCUAUUCCUUGUCUCAAUACCACCAGCCGUAUGACGGGGCUGCCUAUGCCAACCCCACCCCCCGUGCGAGCUUCAGUCAGCCGGCCGUUUCCGACGCGCCUCAACCAGCGCCCAAGCGUCGCAAGACUAAUGGCACACUCGAUUCGUCUUCACCCGACUCCGGUGACAAGCUGAGCGAAAAAGCGAAGCGGGAGAAAUUCCUGGAGCGCAAUCGACUGGCAGCGAGCAAGUGUCGCCUGAAGAAGAAGAAGCAGACGGAGACUCUCCGAGAUCAAUUCAAAUUACUCUCCGAGAGGAAGGAUUAUCUGACUCGUUAUAUUGACGCCCUGCGUAGCGAGAUCCUCCUGUACAAGAACUACUUACUGGAGCACGCCCAGUGCAAUGAUGAGGCCAUUUCGAUGCACCUCAGCACAAUGGUGAAAAACAUCACCCAGCAGGACUCACUGGGGGCGUCCGACCUGAAAACGGACCUCAAUACUCUGACCCCUUCGAGCUCCAGUCGGACAACCCGCUCGCAGGACCUCUCCUUUGGCUUUGAUAGCCCCAUCCAGAUGCCCUCAAAGAUGGGCUCCCUGGAACCCACUCCUCGCCGGGACUCGGAGCAGACCCUGGCGAGUGACGCGUCCUUCUCCUUCUCGACUCCCAACAAUGACGCCUUUGAGGAUUUGCUCGAUGUCUAGAUUCUAUAUCCAUCAUUCUCUAUACAUUGCCCAACACCAUGUCUGGGCUCAAUGGCGGCUGGUGUCGUUUCAUUUUUGUCUUUCACCAUCAGCUCUUGAUGGCCAAAUGACUGGCGACUGCAUGA